AUGAGAGCAACUUACCUGGCGCUUGGUUUGGCAUAUCUCUGCAACCAAACUGUUGCAAAAUCAGUCUUUGCCCACUACAUGGUCGGCACUAUAACCACAGACCACGCCAACACCGACAUCCAAAAUGCCAUCACAGCAGGCUUCGACGCCUUUGCUCUCAACGUGAUGAGCACGGACAGUUGGUCUACCGACGCGGUCAGCGCACUUUUCAAUGCCUCUGCCGGCACCAACUUCAAGCUAUUCUUCAGCUUCGAUAUGACCCACUUCUCUGACCCAUCAAGCUUCAUACCUAUUCUGAAGCAAUACGUCGGCCACGAUAACUACUAUACAUAUGAUAGCAAGCCUUUCGUCAGCACGUUCGACGGCGGAACCCUGACUUUUGGCGCAUCAGACCCCAAUUCGGGCUGGACGAAUUCGUUCAAGGAUGUGCUGAGCGGUGCCGGCAUUGAUGUCUUCUUUGUCCCCGAUUUCGACGAUGCAAGUAACUACCCCACAGACUUUUUCAGCACGUUUACCGUUGUUGACGGCGCUUUUUCGUGGGAAACUGCUUGGCCCACUGUGGGUGCCGGAGUAGUAAAUGUCAGUGACACGGUGGAUGCUAGUGUUCUUGGUGAUGCGCAUUCUGCUGGGAAAAUCUACAUGAUGCCACUGUCGACGUUCCAAUUCAAGCACAUUGACUCCGGGCAAAACUGGUACCGAAUCGGCGAGUCCAAUAUUGUUGACCGCAUGUCUCAAAUACUCUCCCUGCAACCAGACCUCGUUGAAGUCAUCACUUGGAAUGACGCAGGAGAAGGGCACUAUGUUGGCAGUUUCUGGGACGAGUCAAUCGCGGGCAGUAACAUAGGUGGCUAUGCCGACGGGUUUGAUCACACUGGCUGGCAAAAAAUCAUCACACCGUUCAUUACUGCAUACAAAUCUGGGGCCACCGAUCCAAGCAACAUCACGACAGCGGAUGGAAAUCCCGUGGGCGUAAUGUGGUACCGCACAUUGCUCACGACAUCAUCGUGUUCGAGCGACUCGCUGGGCAAGCCUAGCGGAUGGAACGAUGCGCAGGAUGCGAUCAACUAUGCCGUUGUUCUACCUAGCUCGGGCAGUUAUACGAUUAAUGUCUAUAGUAACAAUUCCGUUAUAGGCUCGUUUAAAGGCCAAGCAGGGUUGAAUGGGGGCACAGUUACAGGGCUUGUCGCUGCCAGCGCGGAUAGUCAGCGCGUGGAAGUUGUUGAUGAUGCGAAUGGUUCUAAGGUGGUAAUUUCUGCGGCUGGUACGAAAGAUGUGCUGGCUGAUACUUCGGGGCUUUGUAACUAUAACUAUGUGGUUGUUGGUAUGUCCUGA